AUGCAAAGUCCGUUGCUGCGAAUUGGACCCACAGAGGUGUCGUUCUACUCGAUUGAUGUCUACGAUGCCGUCCAUAAGGUGGGCAGCAACUUGAAGUUCAUCAAGGACCCCCGAACCUAUGGCGAAUUCGUGCAGGGAGGCCAUCCGGCGUUGUUCUCCAUCGCUGAUCCUGAGGAACAUGCCCGACGUCGCCGACUCAUGGGUCAAUUAUACAACCGAAGUAGGAUGGACAACUUACGCGGCCUGAUGAACCAUGUGGUGGGGGACUUUGUCCAAACCUUGAAACGGCACCAAGACAGACCGUUGGAGUGUGUGCCAGCUUGCAGAGCCCUCGAAGCCGAUCUCAUUUCCUUGUUCAGCUUUGGGGAAUCAAUCGGGGCAGUUAGGGCCUGGUCCAACGGCGAACCGUGGAACAUGGUGCUUAAGAACGAUGAGAAGGCGACCUGGAUGCCCGUGUUCACUUCGUUUCCGGGGCUCGUUUCAAUCUGGCAAUCCUUCGAGCAAUGGUUGUUCCAGAGGUUCGGGUGGCAAACCACGUAUGCUGCGGCCAUGAGCGAAUGGGAACUGUGGGCAUCCCGCGGGCUGGCGACAGCCUUGUCCUCGGCCAAGCGCAACGACAACGACACCGACGCCGACAAUGAUAAGUCACCCAAGGCCUUCCCCAAUCUGAUCUCGACUUUAGUGCGAUCCGGUCUCCAUCCCCAGACGGCGCUGUCGGAAGCUCGAGAGAACCUAGGCCCUGGCACAGACACGACGUCGGCCACGCUGGCGCAUAUCCUGUGGGCAUUGGCUCACAACCCCCAGUAUCAGAACAAGCUGCGUCAAGAACUGUCGGCACUGGGAUUCCCCACCGACCUGAAAGGCCUGGACGAGGUGCCGCGGCUCAAAGCUUCGGUUAAGGAGGGCAUCCGGUGGACUGGUGCCGCUGCUGCCAUGCUACCGCGCAUCGUGCCGCCAGAGGGAGUGAUGCUGGAAGGAGUGUUUUUGCCAGGCGGAACAACCGUCACAUCAUCGCCGAUAUGGUACCUGCGCGACCAAAAUGCAUUCCCUAACCCGACCUACUACAACCCGUACCGCUGGCUGACGGCAGAUGGGACGGCCUUGAGCGACAACCAACCUCUUCGAGAUAAAUACUAUAUUCCGUUUUCCAAGGGAGCCAACGUCUGUAUUGGUGCACAGUGA